AUGAGCCUCUUAGAAGUUAACACUGUGGACCGACUGGAUCGACCCAGUGCGUAUUAUGCGGGAAAGAAUAAGAGACGCAGAGACGACCGGGAGGAGCGAGAGCCGGAGCCUAACAACAAGCUGCAAGGCGCAACUACUCUCUAUGUCGGAAACCUGUCCUUUUAUACCACCGAAGAACAGAUCCAUGAGCUUUUCGCCAAGUGCGGCGAGAUCAAGCGAUUGGUGAUGGGCCUCGAUCGGUUUAACAAAACUCCCUGCGGAUUCUGCUUCGUCGAAUACUAUACUCACCAAGAUGCCCUGGAUUGCAUGAAAUAUAUUGGUGGCACGAAGCUGGAUGAGCGCAUCAUUCGAGCAGAUCUGGACCCUGGCUUCGAAGAAGGACGGCAGUAUGGACGUGGUAAAUCGGGUGGACAAGUCCGCGACGAAUACCGUGAGGAAUACGACCCCGGCCGUGGUGGAUAUGGUCGCGCAUAUGAUGAACAACGUCAACGAGAGGAGGAUGAAUACGGCGCGGGGAGGUAG